UUCAAGACCAACGGAUCGCGUCGCUUUCGCUGCAAACUCUCUUUUCUGACUGUCUCCGAAACGAUCGCAACAGAUUCCAGAUCAACGCCCGAGACACUUUUAAUUUGAAUUUAAAAGUGAAUUCAAAAAACAAAGUAUUUACAAUGAAUUCGCGUAGUCGUCGUCGUGGCCAGCAGCAAUGCCUGUUUGUCAAGCUUCAUCAGCUGUUCCUGCUUCAACUCGCGCUGCUGCUUCUACCAUCCGCUGCUGAUGGACGUCCUGCUGCCACAGAAUCUGCAGCUGAAACACUUUACUAUGUGAAUCAACCGGCGGAUGCCGCCGGAAAUUAUAAUUUUGAGUUUCAGACCUCCAAUGGGAUCACCACCAAGGCGGCGGGCAACGAACAUGGUGCAGUUGGUGUGGUUCAAUAUGUGUCCAAGGAAGGAAUCCCAGUGACCUUCACCUAUGUGGCCGAUGAGAAUGGUUAUCAGCCCACGGGAGAUUUUGCUCCACCUCAUUUAGCUCGCUUGCUGGAAUAUCUUCAAACGCAUCCGGCGGUCGAUGAACAGAAAUCACGACGCUGGUAAAGCUUAUUUAUUUUUUGUUUGUGUUCAACAGCGGACAUUGGGGUAUAAUGUCUAAGCAAUAAUAAGAAUAAAAUAUAGUCAAUGAUUGUGAGAUAAAUUGUCGUUUAAAUAACUGGCAAUUAGGUGUCAGAAUGUGAGAUAAGAAGUCAUUAUUACUUGUAUCGUUAUUGUUACAUUUCAAAAAUCUAAAUUUGUAUUAAUCGUUUAGCGCAUUCAAAUGCAAAUCAACCUAAAUGAAACAUAAACAAAUACAACUGGCUGGCUUUGAUCAUGUACAAAAAAAUCUAUAACAACAUUAUAAAUAAAA